AUGGCGAAUUCAAGUGAAGAGCAACUUCGUGUGUGGGCAGCCGAGGCGUUUUAUUGGAUCACAAGUUCUGAAAGCACUUCAAGACGGACUUGCCUCGUUUCUAUCAUCGGAACCAGAUCUUGCCCCAACAUUAACCAAUAUUGCUCGGUUCGUUCCUCGGAACAGAACCGAAGCGCGCGCGACUCUUGUUCCUUGCGUUUGCGCCCUUAUAUUAGGGAGGCCUGCGCUGGGGACAUCGACCACAGUUCGUUUCAAACUGUUCCUUCAUCAUCUUCGUUCUUCUUCAACCGUAAGCACUGUUGUGUUAUCACUCACCCGCUCUACGAGUCCAAGGUAUCUCGUGCCAAUAUUGCUCACGAGCACAUGGAUCUUUCCCCAGACCGAAACGGUAUUCUGAGUGAGUUGAGAUUGGUUUAG